AUGGAGAUGAUGGACGUUUCCCAGCGGCGUUAUGUAUCCGACCGAUAUGACGGCUUCCGAACUCAAGAUCCGGUUCCAUCGGACACAGACGAUAGUAGCAAUGAAUCUUCUGUUUAUGUUACUGCCCGUUCAGAGGUCACUGAACCAACACAGUUGGAAGAUGUUCAAGCAAUUCUUCAGGUAUUAGAUACUGAAUCGGGGGCUGUUUUCAGUAAAAUCAUCCAGGGGUCUGGUGACGAGAUCCCGGCUAGCCAACUACGUCCAGAGGUGCUUAGCUGUCAUGCAAAUAAUGUUCUGUGUCAAGUGACACCUACAGGACACAACGCAGAGGAUCGACAUCUCAAUUCCGGCGCGCUUAUGCCACCACUUCCCUCUCUUAUGCUCACGAUUCCCACGCCUCAACUACCUCCAUCUCCGUUCUUCGUUCCUCGUUCGCCGAUUACCAUCUCCAAAUUUGUUAUGGCUUCCUCCAGUCCGGCUAGUCCCUUCUUAUCCGCAGGACCCGUCCCCUCCAUCCCAAUCUGCGAAGACUGCUGUCUCAUAAACUCAGAGAGCGGCCAACAUUGUCGGUCAUGCGACAAACAAUGGCUGGCGUGUAAAGUGUGGUAUCAGGCAAAUGAUGGAGGGCGUAGGCAGCAGCUGACGGAGCCGUAUAUCAAACCUGCAGAAAGCACGUUGGCAAACAGGGCGUUGGUUGACUUGAUCAACGUCCCUAGUGGUCCCGCAAAUUUCUACGGACUGGGAAUCCGCACCUCACCUGGGGCUGCUGUUAGCAAGAGCCGUUUCCGCAAACUUGCGCCGCUGCUCGCACUGAUCACUAUGGACUCAUCAACCUCUGUAGGGCGUAACGAGGAACUUCUGGCUACCCGCGCUCGCCCACAACCAAUACUUGGGACUAGAUUACCUUUAGUUGCUACUUUCGUUUCGGACCUAUGGGCGAAGACUGUGAAUACUCUUACUGAGUGCAUCGACCGUCUGGACCUGGCUGGCUUUUUGGAUGUCUUGCUGCGGAGUCUCCGACCUCCGGUCUCCACAAGCCGCUCGUCUUUAUAUAUAACUACACAAGACGGCCUCAUGGGCGACCCGCGACUGCGUGAACAUCGUAUUUCAAGACCGCUGGGCAUUACGUCCGCUUCAAGGUUUUUGGAGCAUCUCGCUUGA